AUGUCGGUCGCCUCAAAGAACCUGUUCGCCCUCCUCGGCAACGACGAGGAAGAAGCCCCCUCGGGUCCCGUCAAGACCGUCGACAAGAACGCCCCCCGCACCACCAAGCGCAAUGUCGAGCCCGUAGCUCCGGCCAAGCCUGCUGGCGCCGCUAACACCGGUGCUCGCCGCGGCCCCGGAGGCAACGAGGGAGCUUUCCGCGACAGGGCUGCCGGCCACAGCGCCAACCAGCGAAGGCCUACCGAGGAGAACUCGCGUGGCGGCCCCCGAGGUGGCCGCGGCGCUCGUGAGCGAGGUGGCCGCGGAGGUCGCUUCCCCCGCGAACGCGAUGACCGCCACUCCAGGGGCAUUGCCAGUGGAUCUGACAAGCAGGCUGCCCAGUCCUGGGGCGCCACCGAGGGUGAUGCCGAGCGCAAGGACGAGCAGGCCGGCGAGGCCAUUGCCCAGUCCGAGCUGAAGGACGCCACCGCUGAGGAUGCCCAGGGUCCCGAGACCCCCGGUGAGCCCGAGAACAAGAGCAUCUCGUACACCGACUACCUCGCCCAGCUGGCCGAGAAGAAGGCCGCCCUCGGCGAGAACCUCGCCAUCCGCCAGGCCAACGAGGGUAGCAAGCAGGACAAGAAGUGGGCCAGCGCCAAGGCUCUUGUCAAGGAUGAGUCCGAGGAUUUCAUUGCCGCCACCGCCAGCAAGACCAAGCGUGAGCGUGAGCGCAAGGAGAAGCAGGUCGUCGACAUCGACCACGGCUUCGUCGAGCAGUCGUCUGACCGCCCCCGUGGAGGUGGCCGUGGUGGACGCGGCGGCCCCCGUGGCGGUCGCGGUGACGCUCGUGGUGGACGCGGUGAGGGUCGUGGUGCCCCCCGUGGCGGCCGCGGUGGUCGUGACAACGUCACCCUCAACCCCAAGGACGAGUCUGCCUUCCCCAGCCUGGGCGCAUAA